AUGUACGACGACCAGUCUGUUGCCGGCCCAAGCAAGCCGCGUAUGCCUACCCGAGUCCCACCUCAACCACCCGUGCACGACGACUUGCGCGGCCUGGCCCGGUCGCCCAACAUGUAUAGCACACCCGACUUUUCCGACACACGGUAUCGCACCGCCAAGGUUGACAUGAGUCGCCGCCCACACAGCACUUACCCGUCGACCGGUGACGAACCUGUGUUUCACUUGCCGCGCAAGUACACUGACCCUACCCCCCACACGGCUGCGCCGUACGAGCCUCCCAGCCCGAACCCGUCGUCUCCCUCUGCUCAACUCGAUGUUGAUCUAGACGUGUAUUCGCAGGAGUAUUACGACGUCGAGGACGAUCUUCGCCAACCUUCGCUGAGCAUCGUGACUUCUUCGACCGUCGACUCGACGACGAGCUCGCCUUCCAUCCCAGACACUACCUACACGUACGGAACAGAACGGUUCGACCGGAAGCAGCAACUUGAGCCCGAGCCUCGAGUCAUCCGCAUGAGGACCAAUGCUGGGCGUCAAAACGCGUACUCCUCUGCUGAAUCGAGCCUCGCUUCGGGCGCGUAUUCGGGACAGUUCUCCUACCAUGCCUACAGCGACAACACACACCCGCAACCGCCGGUUCCAGACAUCAACCUGAGCUCGCCGAUACGCUCGCACCAGGUGAUGGAGCCUGAUCUUGCUUCCGCCAACAGCUGCACCGACACCUCCAACACAUCGGGUACUGCCUUUUCACCAGGUGUUUAUGCUCAAUCCUGGCGAUCACCCGUUAUGAACCGCGCUCGUAGUCACUCUGAGACGACGACAGAGUCUACAGACGACACCACCGACUCGGCAUCAGGCUGCGACCGGUUAUCACAAGCUUUUGCCAACUCGUUUGGUUACUUGGGCGAGUCGCCGCGACCAUGGGACUCGGUCAUCUCGGAGCCCACUGCCCUCGCCCUUGUCGACGAUGGCAGGAGUAAAAUUCUCAACGUCCAGCAGAUCGAGGCUAUGGGCGGCCUCCCGACUCUGGCACGGAUGUCUGAAAACGAACUUUUGCGGCUCCCGCGCUACACGCAUCUGCUUCUUUCCGGGAUUGGUCCCGACAUCAUGACCGUGCUGCCUCAGCUGCUGGACGUGUUGUCCACAACCCUCGUGGUUUUGGAUGUUUCGGACAAUAACCUCGGUACCUUGCCGACGGGGCUGAGACACUGUACGGCACUCGAAGAGCUUAACGUGUCUGGCAAUCCGCUGCGUGCGCUCCCUCCGUUCCUGGCCGACUGCCAGCAGCUGCGUCUGUUUGCGGCCGACAACUGCUUGCUCACGACCCUUCCCCAGGAGCUCUCGACGUUGCAGAGCCUGCACACGCUCUGCAUUCGAGGAAAUCGCAUGGUGGUCCUGCCGUCGUGGAUCUGUCUUCUCACCCGUCUCGAGGCGCUUCGUAUCGAUAACAACCCGUUCGCCCCGCAAUGGCGUUCGAUUGUCGCACCUAUCUUGACGUCGACGCUGGGCCAGAAUUCGCCAUACCCCUCGCACUCGCGCACUGCGUCGGCCCAGUCGUCCGUUCACUCGUUAAGCAUGGGCUCUGUUCGAUCGUCUCACGCUUCCGUGACGAACCUCGUUGCUUCAUCUGCCAGCUCCUUCACAAAUGACUCGUCUCUCGGUAUUGGCUACCCUAGCGAGCCUAGUACGCCAUCGCGUUCGGUCACGCCUGCCGCUGGCAUUGACGACACCCCUACCGCUGGACCGAUUCAGUCAUUAAGGACGACUCGUGCAGCUCCCCGACCGCCCGUGCCCGUCAUGCCGCCCCAGCAGACUAACGGUUCUAGGGCUCCCAACCGCAGUGCCUCGCACCCGCAGCCGUCGUCUGAGAUCUUCACGCCGUCUGAGCGCAUGUCUGGUACGGGACCGUCGCGACGAGUCCAGAGUGCCGUUGGACCUGGCGGCCAGCCGGGCGCUGCCACUCCAGACGACUCGGAAGACGGCGGCGGCAAGCACAAGUGGGGCUUCCUCCGAAAGGUGUCCAUCUCGCGUCUGCGGACGGAGAAGGACUACACGGCGCAGCUGAAUGCUUCGGCUGCUGCCAAUUUAUCGUCCAUGCCGACGCUGCCGCACACCCAUUCGGCUCCGAACGGCAUCAAGCCUCGACGACCAACCUUGACGUCUGGAUGGUCGACCUCUGUCGUUCCCACGCGAUCCCACAACCUUACUCCCGGAUCUGCGGAGAGUGCCCCUGUUUCACCUCCGAACGGCCUCUCUACGUCCGCCUCGAGCCUCCCGCACCUUAACACGCACAACCUUGCCCCUUCGUCUUACGGCGCCGCGGCGGCCAUGCGACGAAACAAGCGCCGCAGCUUCCUCCCCAUCGACCCCAGCCCGCCCUCGCUCAACGGUGUUUCGAUCCCUUCGCUCUCCCCGUUAAUGGCGCCGCAGGCCACUCUGGCGGAGCAUGAGGCGGCCUACGCGGCGACGUCUGUGACGGACGACAACGCCAUGGAGACGCUUGGUGAUGAGCCCGAGGCCCGUGGCACUUCGGUCCGCGCUCCUUCGUCGUCCGCUACGCACCACGAGAUGGAGGUCGCCGCCAUGGACCAGGAGGCGCGCUACACCCGAGGACUCGAGUCGAUCAAGAGCUACCUCCGCGAUCUGUAUGAGCUGUCCCUGCCUGCGCUCGAGCCCUAUGGUGGAUUCGAGGUCGUUGAGGGCGCCAUGUUCAACCCGAUUUCGCCGCUGUCCGACCAUGCCAGCCUGCGGGACUCGACGCAGUCGCGCCAGCCGACGAUGGAGAGUGUCACUCGCGACUCGAUGCGCGGCCAGUCAAUGAUCAGCGUCGCUAGCGAGCGAAGGUCGACUGCGGUCGAUCCUGCUGACUUGCCAUCGACGCAGGUCAAGCGCUUCAAGGACGACAAGUCAAAGCGCGCCGGUGUCAUUAGGGAGAUCUUUGAGACGGAGAAGACGUACGUCCGCGGUCUCCAGGAGCUCAUUGCGAUCUACGUCCAGCCGGCGUCGCAGUGCAUCUCGUCCAAGUCGAACGAGACGCUGAUCCCGCUUGCCGAGCGCAAGGUGGUGUUUGGCGGUGUCGAGUCGAUCCUUGUCAUUCACCGUGACAACUUCCUUCCGGCCCUGGAGCGCGUGAUAGAGCCUCUGCUCCGAGGUAGUGAUGACUCGGAGGGGACGAUCUCGGCGCGCAUCGCCCACCAGGUCGGCGAGGUGUUCCGCACUUACAUUGCGUACAUGAAGCAGUACUCGACGUACAUCAACAACUUUGACAAUGCCCUGCAGCGCAUGCGCUCGUGGACGUUGCCGGUCGCUGGGUCGUCGCCGUCCGCGAGCACCAAGGUGUCGCCGUCGUCGGGUAUCGGAGUUGCUGCUAUCGGCGCGGGCCUGAUUGGAUCGGCUGUGCUCCCCGUCGGCGACGGCAAGCCGAUGCAGCACUCGCCGCUGCAGCCGAGCCAGCGCAAGCGUGUCAAGCACUUCCUGAAGAAGUGCAAGGAGAACCCGCGCCACUCGCAGAUCAACCUCGAGUCGUACCUGCUUCUGCCCGUGCAGCGUGUACCGCGGUACAAGCUGCUGCUGGAGGACCUGGCGAUGUGCACGCCGCCGCGCGAGUCGCUGGGCCCGAGCGACGCGCUCGACGACGCGAUCAACGAGAUUGCCAACCUCGCCUCGCUCAUGAACGAGGAGAAGCGUGAGGCCGAGAGCCGCCUCCGCCUCCUGCACUGGCAGCAGCGGAUCACCUCGCGCGGUCCCUCGCCGCUGGUGCAGCCGCACCGCAAGCUGGUGCUGGACGGAGCGCUGCAGCUGAUCCGCGUCGUGAAGAAGACCUCGGCCUUCGCCGAGGUGGACUACUCCCUCCCGAGCGGCAGCGGGGACAACACGAUCACGACGUCGAAAUCCGUCAUUCCGAUCGAGUUCAUCAAGCCCGAGCCGAUGGACAAGGCGGUGAUGCUGAUCCUGUGCUCGGACAUGCUGGUGCUGGUGCAGAAACGCAACGACGCAGGCUGGGACGGCCCCGUCGACCUCUUCAGCGUCCUGCGCAUGGCGACGCUCAAGGAGCCCGCUAGCAUCUUACACUCCAACGACCGCGUGCUCCGCGUCGUCGACAAUAAGAGCAUCUACUACUUCAAUGGUGGAAGCCACAGCACCGCGCUGCAGUGGUGUCGUGCCAUCAAUGGGCAGAACCGGAAGUAG